ACGUCAGCGCGGCGCGCCGGGUGCGAGCCGGCUCCCUGGAGACGCCGCGGCGAUCGCGAACUCCGCGUCUGACAGAACCUAGAUCGCCGGGGCCUUCCAGUUCCAGCUGUGAUGGACAAUGCCCGCGAGUCUCCUACGGACAAGGGCGGGGAGGCGGCAGAGUCAGAGGAGACGGCCGCCGCGCUGGGGGGCGCGGGGACGACGGACGCGGACGGCAUCCCGGAGGAGACGGACGGUGAUGGAGACACGGACUUGAAAGAGGCUGCGGCCGAGGAGGGCGAGCUCAAGAGUCAGGAUGCCUCAGAUUUAACGGCAGCCGAAAGAGAAGACUCAUUGCUUCCUCCUGCAGCUAAAAAGCAGAAAAUAGACACCAAAGAAAAGAAGGAGAAGAAGCAGAAAGUGGAUGAAGAUGAGAUUCAGAAGAUGCAAAUCCUGGUUUCUUCCUUCUCGGAGGAGCAGCUGAACCGUUAUGAAAUGUAUCGCCGGUCAGCUUUCCCGAAGGCAGCCAUUAAAAGGCUGAUUCAGUCCAUUACCGGGACCUCAGUGUCUCAGAACGUUGUUAUUGCCAUGUCUGGUAUUUCCAAGGUCUUCGUCGGGGAGGUAGUGGAAGAAGCACUGGAUGUGUGUGAGAAGUGGGGAGAAAUGCCACCACUACAACCCAAACACAUGAGGGAGGCCGUUCGGCGACUAAAGUCAAAAGGACAGAUCCCCAACUCGAAGCACAAAAAAAUCAUCUUCUUCUAGACCAAAGCCUAGAAGAGGCUGGUUUAAUGAUGGAAGAAAUAACUGGCUGCAGCUUCUGUUACUGCAGCUGUCUGCAUUGGUGCUGCAGUACUCAGUCCGGCGAUUAC